AGCAUGUUGCUUGGUCAGUUGUUUGCACAAUAGGGGUGUCAGGCAGUGUUUGAGUCUGUUCUGGUAUAAAAGUAUGAGUCUGACACAGGUAGGGUAUCAGUUCACCAACCGAUCUCUGACAGACCUGAGUAACCAAAGCAAUCAUGAUGGGCAAGAUCACUUUCUACGAGGAGAAGAACUUCCAGGGUCGCUCCUAUGAGUGCAUGAGCGACUGCUCCGACAUGUCCUCCUACAUGAGCAGGUGCCAGUCCUGCAGGGUGGAGAGCGGCUGCUUCAUGCUCUAUGAGAGGAACAACUACAUGGGCCAGCAGUUCUUCAUGAAAAGGGGAGAGUACAACGACAUGCACCGCAUGCAGAGCAUGGGAAUGAUGUUUGACAACAUCAGGUCCUGCAGAAUGAUCCCCUUUCACAGAGGCCAGUUCAGGAUGAAGAUCUACGAGAGGGAGAACUUCGGUGGUCAGUCCAAUGAGCUGAUGGACGACUGUGACAACAUCCAGGAGCGUUACCGCAUGUCCGACUGCCAGUCCUGCAACGUGAUGGACGGACACUGGCUGAUGUACGAGCAGCCCCAGUACAGAGGCAGGAUGAUGUACAUGAGGCCCGGAGAGUACAGGAGCUUCAGGGAGAUGAUGAGCGGCCAGAGGUUCAUGAGCAUGAGGCGUAUCACUGACAUGUGUUAAGCAUCUUCUUUUGCCACCAUGUGUACAAAAUAUGACAAUAAAAAAAUAUUGAUUUCAUAA